GGGCGGUGUUGCUGCGCGGCCGGAAGCGAAGAUGGCGACUGCCGCGGUCGACCUGCUCACGGGCUGGUGCCUCUUCGGCCUCGCGCUGCUGGUUAUCUUGGCCUUUUGCUGGAUAUAUGUGCGCAAGUACCAAAGUCGACGAGAAAGUGAAGUGAUUUCCACCAUCACAGCAAUCUUUGCACUGGCAGUCGCGCUCAUCUCCUCGGCCCUUCUACCCGUGGAUAUCUUCCUGGUUUCAUAUAUGAAAAAUCCAAAUGGUACAUUUAAGGACUGGGCUGAUGCUAAUGUUUCAAGACAAAUUGAGGACACGGUAUUAUAUGGAUAUUACACUUUAUACUCGGUCAUCCUAUUCUGUGUUUUCUUGUGGAUCCCUUUUGUCUACUUUUAUUAUGAGGAGAAGGCAGAAGAUGAUAGCAACACAUGUUCACAGGUCAAAACUGCACUCAAGUAUUCUCUGGGAUUUCUUGUGGUGUGCACAGUUCUUCUUUUAAUUGGUGCUUUUGUUCCUCUGGAUAUUCCAUAUAAGAAGAACUCCACGGAGUGGGAGAAAAUGAAGCUCCUGGUUGAAGAAUUUGGAAGCAGUCAUGGCCUGGCUGCUCUUUCGUUUUCCAUUAGUUCCUUGACCUUGAUUGGUAUGUUGGCAGCAAUCACCUACACAGCUUAUGGCAUGUCUGCUUUGCCUUUAAACUUGAUAAAGGGAACUAGAAGUGCUGCCUAUGAACUCCUGGAAAACACUGAAGAUAUUGAAGAAGUAGAGCAACAUAUACAAAGGAUUAAACUGAAGUGCAAAGAUGGUCGGCCUCUAUCAACAAGGGACAGGCGAACCCUACAGCAACUGGAGGAGAGGCUAAGGACACUUCGAAGAAGAGAGAGACACCUAGAGUUUAUUGAGAAAAGCUGGUGGUCAAAAUUCUGUGGAGCUAUGCGACCCCUGAAGAUUGUGUGGGGAGUGUUUUUUGUUAUUGUGGCACUGUUGUUCACAAUUUCCCUCUUCUUGUCAAACUUGGACAAAGCUCUGCAUUCAGCUGGCUUCGAUAGUGGAUUUAUAAUUUUAGGAACUAAUCUGACCAAUCCAUUGAAUAUGCUUUUACCUGUUUUACAAACAGUUUUUCCACUUGAUUAUAUCCUCAUUACAACUAUCGUUAUGUAUUUUAUCUUCACUUCAAUGGCAGGCAUUCGAAACAUGGGCAUAUGGUUCUUUUGGAUAAGGUUGUACAAGAUUAGACGAGGCAAAACUCGACCCCAGGCGCUCUUAUUUCUCUGCAUGAUACUUCUACUGAUUGUUCUACACACAAGCUACAUGAUCUACAGCCUUGCACCUCAAUAUGUAAUGUAUGGAAGCCAAAAGUACCUGACACAGAGUAACAUGACUGAUGGCCAUCUGGGAAAUGUUACAACAUACAUGCCUAAAGUCUGUGAUGCAGCUGCCCCUGAAGAUCAGUGCAUUGUUACUCGAACAUACCUUUUCCUUCACAAGUUUUGGUUCUUCAGUGCUGCUUACUACUUUGGGAACUGGGCAUUCAUUGGAGUCUUCUUAAUUGGAUUCGUUGUGUCAUGUUGUAAAGGGAAGAAAUCGGUCAUUGAAGGUGAAGUAGAUGAAGAUGAUUCAGAUAUGAGUGACGAUGAACUAUCUGUUUAUUAUCGUUGACAGCAUUUUUGUCUUGAAGGUUAAAACCUAGAAUUCCAAACUGUUUUGAAGUCAUGCUUAUGUGGGAUUUUAAUCUAAAGGUUAAGCAGGACUUGCUUCCAGUAAAAUAGAGAAACAAUAGAGAUAUUGAUUUAAAAUGGAAAAUUUAAUAUUGUUUUCUGAAUUAAUAUACUAGGAUAUUAUAUCAGAGCUAAUAUUGAAAAUGGGUUAGUAUAAAAUUAGUUGUUCUAUUUUCUGAGGAAUGUUGUAUGUAAAAUGUUUUUUGAUUUCCAGUUUGAAAUUGUGAUUGCGGUUGACAGUAUUUCAGGGUUAAUGUUGCCAUUCUGUUGCUAACUUUUUCAGUUUCUUUAAAUUACAUUAGAGUCUAACUUACAAUGUUUUAUAGGAAGGCUUAAUUUUCUAGGUAAAUUCAGUUAAGCUAUAUUAAGAGAGAAACUGCUUGAAAAAGUUGGCUCUGUCACUUUCUAGACAUGUGGCAAUGAUUGUAUCAUUUCAAUAUUAUCACUGCCAUUACUGUAAUAUGCAUAUAACUCAGUUCCUUGAGUGUUAGUGGUAUUCCUGAUGAAAUCCCAAUAUGUGAAGAAUAAAUGUUUGCACUUUCUAUCAGCUGCCAUACUCCCCAUUUACUAGACCUUUGAAUUUUGUGGUGACUGUCAUAGCCUUUGUUCUGUUCUUUUCUCUAAUAUGCAGAAGUUAAAAAAAUUCCUGUGUGGUAAUGCUAGUAUUCAGCACCUUUACCAUGUUUCUUUAAAACAGUUAAGAACUUAAAACUGCUAGGUGAUUUACAUUUUUGCUGAGGAGGUGGUGUAAUAACCACAUCGGUUAAAGAUGAGAUUAAUUCUUGAAACUAUUCUUGUUUCUGGUAUUUAAUAAAGGUUCUCCUGUUUGAAACUUUUUGCAAUUUGAAAGUCAGUAGAAUCAUUAUCAUUUUGUUAUCAAAUUUCCUAAGAAUUAAAUGUGUAUAUUUAAAUAUUAACAAAAAAACAUUGUAAACAGCAUGUAAAGUUAAUUCUAUAAAAUUAAACUUUCUGCAUAUACUUUUUAUAAAAUAAACUCGCAAUAUCUUAACUUCA